AUGUUUUAUAUUAUUUGCAUUGUUUUGAAUCUCGUGUUGUGUGUUUAUGGAAGUAAUGAACUUUAUAAAGGGUACCAAGUAUACAAUAUCCACAUCAAAACAGAAGAGCAGCAGGAUAACUUUCAUAUGCUAAAAAGUGACAUGAUAGAUUUCUGGAGGAAGCCAUCUUUCAAACUUAAUAUCACUGGCCAGGCGAUGGUUCCUCCUUCACACUUCACAUGGUUUGAGGAUCAGCUGGAGGCCCUGGGUGUGGAGAAACAAGUGAUCAUAGAGGAUGUAUAUGAAUAUCUUUCUCAAUCAGAAGUAACCCAGAGAAAUACAAAAAAUACAGAGUUCAAUUAUGAAGGUUUUUACCGGUACGAUAAGAUUUUAGAUCACAUGCAAACAAUCGAGAACACUUACGAAAGCUCAACAGAAAUAGAUGCGAAGUUAGUAAUUGGUGGUCAAACUGAUGAAGGCAGACCCCUCGUCUACUUGAGAAUAACAAAUUAUUCAAAUACUUCAAAACCAGUUAUUAUUAUCGAAGGUGGGAUAAUACCAAGGGAAUGGAUAACUGUCCCAGCAGUUCUUAAUAUGGUUGAUAAAGUGAUUGAAGAUAGGAACUUUUUGGAUAAUUUUGUCUGGAUUUUUGUACCCGUGGUGAAUCCUGAUGGUUAUGAAUAUACGCAUACUAAUCUCCGUUUCUGGACAAAAUCACGAAGCUUAAGAAGCGACCUUGGCCAAAUUUGUCCCGGGGUGAACAUCAACCGAAACUUUGACAUUGACUGGUCAAUAUCCGACUCUAGCAGCAGCCCUUGCAGUCACUUAUACGCUGGUAUUGCACCAUUUUCUGAACCAGAGAGCAGAUUCAUACGUUCCUUACUCGAAGAAUACGGCCGUAACAUACAAUUGUAUAUUUCCUUACAAAAUACAGGAGGUUUCAUAUCCUACCCUUGGCAGUAUGAGAAAGCAGCAAGCGGCAUGUUUAGACAGCACUACUUCCUAGCAAAUGAUAUGGUUGAAGCAAUUGGAGAAGAUUAUAAAGCAGAUGUUGGUUCUUUAGCGUAUGGAGACAGACAAUCUGGUACUAGUUCAGAUUAUUUCAGUAUUAACGAGAUUUUGUACGCGUUUAACAUUGAUAUUGCGCCUAGAGGUGAUAAUGGUGUUGUAUUUGCUGUGAGUGAAAUUAGAGAUGUUAUUGAUAAGGUCUGGCGGGCUGUUGAAGUUGCAGUUGAUAGUUUUAUUCAAUAA